AUGUUCCUGCAGCCGCUUCCCGAUGACCGGGCUCUGUAUGUUCUGGAAUCUCCGUACCUUGAUAGCGGCGAAAGCUUCACAUGUGGAGUCGAAAAGGUCUCAGCACUUUUCAAGCAGGCAAUAGUCGACGCGCAUCCCGCAGGCAACUUCUUCCUGGCGGGGUAUUCGGUCGGCGCCGUGUACGCAUACGAAACGGCGAGGCAGUUGAUCGCCGAGGGACACAGCGUGCAAGGACUGCUUCUGUUUGAUAUGGCGGUUCCGCUACUACGUCCCAACCCGGACGUGCUGCCAGCCAUCAAGCUGCUUUUCUCCCCGCCCAUGCUGAAAUCCAGCAUUUCGGCCAACCCGGCGGUUCAACGCAGCCAGGAAGCUCACAUGGCGCACAUGGUGCGCAGUGUUGCCGAAUACGACCCGCUUCCCAUGCCGUCAGAUCGCCGUCCGAGCCGCGUCUGGCUACUAUGGUGUAGCCGUAGCGUUAUAGAGCGGCUCGGCGAUGACGACUGCAAGUAUCUGGGCCAGAGCGGCUUUGUUAUGGAGCAGGUGCCUGGGUUCUUGGAGAGCCCAGCUAUUGGUCCGCUAGCUUGGAUCACAGCGCCAGGAAAGCCGCCAGGGCCGAAUGGCUGGGAUAGGCUUGUCGGUGGUCAAGUGAAGUGUGAUUCGAUUGAUGCUGAUCAUUUUAGUAUGCUUGUCACGCCUGAUGUCGCCAAGUUCCAGAAGGCGAUCCAGGAUGGUUUGGUAUACUGCAGUGGUGUUUGA